GAAGGGGAAAAACCAAGCGAAGUGAACAAACAAACUCAAUCAGAAGAAGAAGCAGGCGAGUUGAGAGAGAAUGGGAAGGAAGAAGGGGUAUGUUGAGUUCGAGGAGUCGCCGCCGGACGAUUUCGAUCCGGCGCAUCCGUACAAGGACCCGGUGGCGAUGCUGGAGAUGAGGGAGCACAUCGUGAGGGAGAAGUGGAUCCAAAUCGAGAAGGCCAAGAUCAUUAGGGAGAAGCUCCGAUGGUGCUACCGCAUCGAAGGCGUCAACCACCUCCAGAAGUGCCGCCACCUCGUCAACCAGUAUCUCGAGUCCACCCGCGGCAUCGGUUGGGGCAAGGACGGUCGUCAUCCUUCUCUCCACGCUCCCAAGGUUGAGCCGGUUGAAUCUGAUUGAUUGUCCUGUGGAUAAAUAAAUAAAAAAGAAGGGAAGACUGUUUAUCCAACUGAUCAUAUUGCUAAAUCGGAAACUGGGUUGGAGGAGUGCUUAUUUUGCAGUUAUUGUGUUCAUGUUGUUUUUAUUUAGUUGAACUUUCUGCAAACUACAACUGUAUUUUGACUUAGCCUCGGCUAUUUUUCCUUGGCUUAUUAGUCUUAUUUUUGCUUGUUACCAUUUAAAUGUAAACAAGUAUGGAAAUGCUAUGAGUACAUCACAAUCAGAUUAUGAAAUAAGUUUAUUUCGUCCUCCAUGUUA